CUGCGCACUUGUGAGACCCCGUCUGUUCAGCAGCUUCGUGAGUGGUACGCUGGGCGUGGGAGGUCUGGGGGUGCAGGUCCCUGCACGUACGUUCUUCGCACAGGCACUCGUAGUGGGGAGGUGUGUGGUCUCCCACACACCACGCAGCGCUGCUUCGGCCGCCUGACUGACGCUUGGCGUACCCAGUUUCCUGACGCUGUUGAUCUUCCUCGUUGGCAUGAUCUGCUUCUGCAGAAUGUGCCUAUCUUUGAUCUAGACUUUGAUGCUAUCCUUGCUGCCAUGUAUGCUCUUGCUGAUAUUACUGAGGGUGACUGUUACCUGCGUGUCCCGCCCGACCCGGGCACUGUGGCUGCUGCUCUAGGUGCUAGUGCGGCUGCUGCUCUAGGUGCUAGUGCGUCUGCUUCUCCAGGUGCUGGUACGUCUCCUCUCUCAGGUACUGCACCUACUGAGUCCUUGCACACCAUCACACUUGACUCUGGUGCUUCGCGCUCUUUCUUUAGAGACAGCACCACGCUCACGCCGCUCCGUCGGCCUGUUGCGGUCUCCCUUGCUGACCCCUCAGGGGGCCCAGUACUUGCACACUCCUCCACUGUCCUACCAUGUCCUGCGGCCCCGUCGGGCUUGCUGUCGGGACUCCACCUCCCCUCGUUCUCUACGAACCUGGUGAGUGGAGCUGACCUCCAGGACGCGUGGGUUGACCAGUUCACCCCUGGAGGUCUAGUCCUGCGUCUGCCCCCUGCUCGUGUCGUCCUUUGGCACACGAGACUCUCCUUUGGCACCACCGCCUUGGUCACCCCUCCCUGCCUCGUCUUCGAGGGCCGGCAGCGCGCUGCCCCUCACUCCUCGUUUCCUCCGACUGAAGCCCCUCUGCAGACUCUUCACAUGGACGUGUGGGGCCCAGCCCGCGUCCGUGGACAGGGUCACGAGCGCUACUUCCUCCUGGUCGUUGACGACUACUCGCGUUACACCACAGUCUUCCCCUUGCGCAGCAAGGGUGCGGUCACUGAGGUGUUGAUCGACUGGAUCCGCGGUGCUCGUCGCCAGCUCAGUGAGAGUUUCGGCUCAGACCUUCCUGUUCUGCGCCUGCACUCGGACAGAGGCGGGGAGUUUUCCUCCGACCUCCUGAGGGCCUUCUAUCGUUUGGAGGGCAUCCGCCAGACGUUCACGCUUCCGGCCUCCCCGCAGCAAAAUGGAAUUGCUGAGCGCCGCAUUGGCAUGGUCAUGGACGUCGCUCGUACGUCCAUGAUCCAUGCGGCUGCUCCCCAUUUUCUGUGGCCGUUCGCGGUUCAGUACGCGGCGCAUCAGAUCAACCUUCAGCCUCGUGUCUCCUUGCCGGAGACCACACCUACUCUGCGGUGGACGGGGAAGGUUGGCGAUGCGUCCGCGUUUCAUGUCUGGGGAUCUCGAGCUUUUGUCCGCGAUACUAUUGCGGACAAGCUGUCCUCCCGUGCCGUUCCCUGUGUCUUCCUUGGCUUCCCUCCUGACGCACCCGGGUACUCCCCUGGUAGACCCCCUCCCCCCCAGGGUCCUGCCCCCUCAGGUGUGUCCCAGGUAGACCCUGCCGAGCCGGUCGAGGUAGCUGUCGACUCAAGUACUGCUAGGGGUGCUGAGACUGGGGGUGCUGAGACUGGGGGUGCUGAGACUGGGGGUGCUGAGACUGGGGGUGCUGAGUCUGGAGGUGCUCUGGGUGUCCCGUCACGGCGGGAGCCCCUCUCUCCACAGCGGCUUCGUGAGUGGUACUCUCGGCGCUGUCGAGGUGCUGCUGGUGCUGGAGCUACUGGAGGUGCUGGCGCUGCUGGAGGUGGUGCUGGUGCUGGAGCUGCUGGAGGUGCUGCUGGUGCUGGAGCUGCUGGAGGUGCUGCUGGUGCUGUAGGUGCUGGAGGUGCUCCUGGAGCUAUUGGAGGUGCUGGCGCUGCUGGAGGUGGUGCUGGUGCUGGAGCUACUGGAGGUGCUGCUGGUGCUGGAGCUGCUGGAGGUGCUGCUGGUGCUGCUGGAGGUGGUGCUGGUGCUGGGGCUGCUGGAGGUGCUGCUGGUGCUGGUGCUGGAGCUGCUGGAGGUGCUGUUGGGACUGGAGACCCUGGGGCUGAGGGUACCGGUUCUGUCUCUGCUGUUUCUCGAGGCGCUGCGCGGCCGCGGCCGUACUACGUUCCCCUCCUUCAGCAGGUUCUUGGCUCCCCGCAUUCUCCUGGUCCUCCUCCUCCUCCUUUCCUGAGUCCACCGCCUGUCCAGUCUCAGUCGCAGUUGCAGCCGGCCCCUCCCCUGCCUGGUCCUUCUCCUUACUCUGGUCCGACUAGAGGUCUUACGGAGCGUCGUGAGCCUGAGUCGCAUCCUGUGUCUCCUGCGUCUCGUUCUGCGUCGCCUGUCCGCACUGUUCGCGCUGGUCGUGUUUCGCGUCCGCGUCUUCCACGUGUCCCAGGCACUCACUCUAUGACACUGCGUCCUUCUACUGCUUCAAAGCGUGUCCCUCUGCUCUCUCCUCCUGCGUCCUCUCUUCCUGACGGUCCGGACUCGGAGUCUGACUCCCUUCGUGCUGCUAGUCCUACUGUCACGCACUUUCUGGCCACUGCUGUCACUGACCCUCUGUUUGAGUCCUCUGCUGCGUCUGCUCUUGUUGCUGAGCUUGUUGACUUUGCUGCAGCCUGUCGCCUAGACUACGCCGCUAGUCUUGUUGCUGAGUCUGCGUCUGCGUCUGUCUGUCCUCCGUCCGUCGGGGGUGAGUGUGCUCUUCGCACGGACGGAGACCCGGAUGCACUAGACAUCCCGACCCCGCGCUCUUACGCAGAGGCGAUAGAGGGUCCCUACUCCUCUCAGUGGCAGGCAGCCAUGGACGCAGAGAUGGCUUCCUGGAAGUCCACAGGCACCUACGUAGACGAGGUUCCCCCACCUGGGGCGAACAUCGUCAGUGGCAUGUGGAUCUUCAGGGUGAAGCGGCCGCCGGGUUCUCCGCUUGCCUUCAAGGCGCGUUACGUUGCACGUGGCUUCAGUCAGCGACAGGGAGUUGACUUCUUUCAGACCUUCUCCCCUACCCCGAAGAUGACCACUCUUCGGGUAAUGCUGCACGUUGCUGCUCAGCGUGACUACGAGCUCCACUCGCUUGACUUCAGCACAGCCUUCCUACAGGGCAGCCUGCACGAGGAGAUCUGGCUGCGCCGCCCACCUGGCUUCACUGGGUCGUUUCCUGCUGGUACCCAGUGGAGCCUCCGGCGGCCAGUCUACGGUCUCCGCCAGGCGCCCCGUGAGUGGCACGACACGCUCAGGACGACUCUUGCUGCUCUUGGUUUUGCUCCUUCCACUGCUGACCCUUCUCUGUUUCUACGCACUGACGCUACUCUGCCGCCGUUCUACGUUCUUGUGUACGUAGACGACCUUGUCUUUGCUACUGCUGACACGGAGGCACUCGCCCACGUGAAGUCCGAGCUGCAGAAGAGACACACGUGCACAGACCUGAGUGAGCUGACAAGCUAUCUUGGCUUGCGGAUCACCCGGGACAGAGCACAGCGCACCAUUACCUUGACUCAGUCACACAUGGUGCAGCAGGUCCUUCAGCGCUUCGGCUUCACGUACUCCUCGCCACAGUCCACUCCUCUGCCUACCGGUCACUCACUCUCAGCUCCACCUUCGGACGAGUCCGUAGAGCCGAGUGGCCCGUAUCCAGAGCUUGUGGGCUGCCUCAUGUACCUCAUCACUUGCACACGACCUGACCUCGCAUACCCUCUCAGCCUUCUGGCUCGCUACGUGGCUCCCGGCAGGCACCGAAAGGUGCACUGGGAUGCUGCAAAGAGGGUGUUGCGAUACCUGUGCAGUACAUCGGACAUGGGGCUCGUGCUUGGAGGACGGGCUCGAGUUGUCCUCACUGGUCACGCUGACGCCUCCUGGGUUGACGACUUGGCUACGCAGCGGUCGUCACAGGGUUACACCUUCAGCCUUGGCUCCGGUUCUGUCUCCUGGCGGUCUACCCGCUCUUCUUCUGUUCUCAGCUCCAGUUGUGAGGCUGAGAUCUACGCUGGGGCCAUGGCUGCACAGGAGCUUCGCUGGCUCACCUACCUGCUGACCGACUUGGGAGAGGCGCCUCGUUCUCCUCCAGUUCUGUACGUCGACAACAAGGCCGUGCUGGCCUUGUGUCAAGAGCACAGACUGGAGCACAGAACGAAGCACAUUGCUCUGCGCUACUUCCUUGCUCGAGAGUUGCAGCAGCGUGGCCAGCUUCGUCUUGCUUACGUGGCCUCUCAGGCCAACACUGCUGAUGUUUUCACCAAGGCACUUCAGCCUUGUGAUCAUCAGCGUUUCUGUACUGUGUUAGGUCUUGUACCUACUGUGCCUCACUUGUUGACUUCUUGA